GAAGUGGGCUUUGAGUUCGCGAGACUACACAUUGCUAGACUAUUUUUAAGCAAAUUCGCAAUCAAACCAAUUGAUUGCUUGUCCAACAAAAACCAACCCAGCCUGGUCUCGAUCUCCACGCGCCGCUAUGAGCGAAGACGCUUCUUCUUACCCUCCGAUCGAGCCGACCACCUUCGACCUGAUCGUCGUCGGCACUGGCGUACCGGAAUCUGUGAUCUCCGCAGCCGCAUCCGCCACCGGAAAAACCGUCCUUCACGUCGACCCCAACCCCUUCUAUGGCUCCCACUUCGCCUCCCUCCCUCUUCACCAACUCUCCUCUUUCCUUAAUUCUCACUCUACCUCUCCUCCCUCCGCCGCAUCCACCGGCCACGAUUACACCCCAGUCGCUCUCACCCGUAGGUCCCUCUACUCCGACAUCGAAAUUUCCUCCUAUUCCCCCGAGAUCAUCGGCGAAGAACACUCCAGAAAGUUUAGCAUUGACUUGUGCGGGCCUAGGGUUUUGUUCUGCGCUGAUAAAUCCAUCGAUCUCAUGCUGAGAUCCGGAUGCAGCCAGUACGUGGAGUUUAAGAGCAUCGACGCCAGCUUUGUGUACGAGGAGAAUGAUAAGAAAUUGAUGAGCGUGCCUGACUCUCGAGCAGCGAUAUUCAAGGACAAGAGUUUGGGGCUGACCGAGAAGAACCAGUUGAUGAGGUUCUUCAAGCUGGUUCAGCAGCACUUGGCUGGUAGUGAUGACGGUGGUGGUGUGACUUCGAAGAUUUCGGCGGAGGAUUUGGAGAGUCCUUUUGUCGAGUUCUUGAAGAAAAUGCGGUUGCCGCCCAAGAUUAAAUCGAUUAUUCUAUAUGCUAUAGCCAUGGCUGAUUACGAUCAGGAAAACAUGGAGGUUUGUGAACAAGUACUCAAGACAAAAGAUGGUAUAGAUCGUUUAGCUCUCUACAAUGCAUCGGUUGGCAGGUUUUCAAAUGCACUUGGGGCUUUGAUUUAUCCAAUUUAUGGUCAAGGGGAACUCCCACAAGGUUUUUGCCGUCGUGCUGCUGUCAAAGGUUGCAUUCAUGUUCUGCGGAUGCCAGUGAUUGCACUGCUUAUGGACAAGUGUACUGGACAUUAUAAAGGAGUUAGAUUAUCUUCGGGUCAAGAUUUAUUUAGCCAGCAACUAGUCCUGGAUCCAUCCUACAUAGUUUCAUUGCUAUUCGCUUCAUCUCCACCAGAGCCUCUGAAAGAAAGUCUUAAAGUUUCAGAUACAAGAGAUGUUAAAUGGAAACUGGCAAGGGGAAUAUGCAUCACAGGGAGUUCCUUGAGGCCAGAUACAUCAAAUUUGCUGGUGGUAUAUCCUCCUAGAUCUUUGUAUCCUGAACAGGUUACCCCAAUCCGUGCUCUCCAGAUCAGUAGUGAUUUAGCCGUUUGUCCUUCGGGCAUGUUUGUAUUAUACUUUUCUGCUUUGUGCAAGGAUGGCAACGAGGGGAAAAGGUUACUACAUGCAGCAAUGGAUGCUCUUCUCGCACUACCUGAAUCUGAACGUCCUGAAAGUGGUACUGCAGUUCAAAAUGAGGUUGCAGCAGAAGUAAAGCCCACCAUACUUUGGAAAGCAUUGUAUAUUCAGGAGCUUACCGUGGAUCAAUUUGAAUCUAUCAGCACCACUCCUAUUCCGGAUGGAGAUCUUAAUUACAAUAAUCUGUUAGAUGCGACUUUGAAGCUAUUUCAGAAGAUGUAUCCCCAUGAUGAAGUCUUUCCAGAGACUGCAUCGCCUGAGAAUCCUGAGGAUGAUGAUAAUGAGUUUAGUCUGGAGAGCUAAUGGUGCUUUGCUUGAUUUGAUGACUUAAUCUAUAAGCUUACCAGAACUCUGAAUCAUCUGGAGCCUUUUACGCCCACCAAUCUUUGGUUCAGGGAGUUGCUGAAUUGUCGACGGUGUUGAAGUGCUGCUGAUUAUACUUGAAAAAGAUGUAAUUUACUUCCUUGAAUGCGCAGGGAAGAAAAAAAAAACUUACUUCCUCAAAUUUACAAAAAAGAAAAAAAAAAGGGAAAGAAAAAACUUGGGAUGUUUUCACUAUUUAUUUUUACCUAAAAAGGGUACAUCUAGCUUUUCAUCUGUAUCGUUAUUCAAGUCUUGCCUUAACUGCCGUUCAGUGGCUGCUAUGGCUCCUGUAUUUCAGUGUAUAAGAACAAACAUAAUCACAUUCGUGUAGGAUGUCAUGGUUCUUGCAAUUUUGAUAUAAAUGCUUCUUCUA